AAAAAUGCAUUAUACAGGCUGGCUUGUUGCACGAUGAGCCGCCAUUCCAUUUCCUCUAACAGUCCUUUUCUUCGUCUCUCGUUUUUCUAUAUUAGAUCACCUUUCAUCCCUCCAAGGCGCACGAUAUUACUUUGUUCUUUGCGGUUCAGGAGAUGCUUCUGAUUCGUUCUUUUCGCACCCAGCUGGGCUCUGGGGCUGCCCGCGCCUUCUUAUCCACCUCCGCCGCUGCUGUCGAAGCGGAAAGGGCGAUCCGUGAGGGUUACCGGAACGAUUGGAGCAGGGAAGAGAUAAAAUCUAUAUACGAUUCACCUAUCCUUGAUCUCGUCUUCCAUGGUGCUCAAGUCCAUAGGCAUGUUCACAAGUUUAGAGAAGUUCAACAGUGCACGCUUCUUUCUAUUAAAACAGGUGGGUGUAGUGAAGAUUGCUCCUACUGCCCACAGUCCUCAAGGUAUGAUACUGGACUAAAAGCCCAGAGGCUAAUGAAUAAAGAUGCUGUACUGGAGUCAGCAAAGAAGGCCAAGGAGGCUGGAAGCACCCGUUUCUGCAUGGGAGCUGCUUGGAGAGAUACAGUUGGCAGGAAAACUAAUUUCAACCAGAUUCUGGAUUAUGUUAAAGAAAUAAGGGACAUGGGAAUGGAAGUUUGUUGCACGCUAGGUAUGCUUGAAAAGCAACAAGCAUUAGAGCUUAAGAAGGCUGGCCUCACAGCAUAUAAUCAUAACCUUGAUACUUCAAGAGAGCACUAUCCAAACAUAAUAACCACCAGAACAUAUGAUGAAAGGUUGGAAACACUUCGAUAUGUCCGUGAGGCCGGAAUUAAUGUCUGUUCAGGAGGAAUCAUUGGUCUUGGUGAAGCUGAAGAAGAUCGCGUGGGUUUAUUGCAUACCCUAGCCACCCUUCCUAACCAUCCUGAGAGUGUUCCCAUUAAUGCAUUAGUUGCAGUCAAGGGCACUCCUCUUCAAGAUCAGAAGCCUGUGGAGAUUUGGGAAAUGAUUCGAAUGAUUGCAACUGCGCGCAUAGUGAUGCCAAAGGCAAUGGUUAGGCUAUCUGCAGGCCGCGUCAAGUUCACCAUUCCAGAGCAGGCUCUGUGUUUUCUUGCUGGUGCUAAUUCCAUCUUCACUGGAGAGAAGUUACUCACUACGCCCAACAAUGAUUUUGAUGCUGAUCGACUGAUGUUUAAUAUCUUAGGCUUGACCCCCAAAACUCCAACAUUUUCUGAAGAAAUUUCAGUUCCAGCCCCUGAAUGCUGCGAGGAAGAAGCCGUCUCGUUUAAUGGUUGAAGCUUACUAUCAAGUUAUUGUUAUUAUUAUUAUUAUUAUUAUAUUUAAUGGAUGUAAGGUUGUUUGAUUUAUUUUAUUGUAGCUUAUUUCGUCUGGGAAAUCAGGUCUGAAGUACAUGGUGUGUUAAGAUUAAUACAGUGAAAAUGCUCAAGUUAUUUUAUUAUCCUGGGAAUGAUGUUUCUUUCCA